CCUCCCCCCCGCUAACGUGGGGUUCAUUGCAGAUGUUGGGCCUGACUUCCCGGCCUCCUUCCGGUCGCAGCUGGAACGGCUUGGGGAGAUGGUGUCAUUUCGCCCGAGAGACGUCACAACGCGUGCGCUCAACAUCUAUUCCGGAGCCAGGGUUGGGUAUGCCGGAGAGUGGGCAGGCUGAUGCCAGGGAGGGGACGCAGAGCUUUCGAUACCUUGUCCCCCGUAAGCAGAUCACGCCGCGCGACUUCCUGCCACCUUGUCCAGUAGGAGGCGUGCGUUGGCUUCACGUUGUGUGUGAUACGCAGCGUGCGGGGGCAAUCUUGGAUGAGAUCCAAGGCAUAGGGGUCGGGUGGAGGACAGCAUGGGAGCCGCUAGUCCGCACAAACGCAGAUUUAGACGAAUACGCCGCACUGGCAGCCCGCUUCGAUAUCUUCAGUCCAAACCAUCUCGAGCUCGCGACUAUCCUGGGCCGGGACGAUGGGGUGGAAGUUAACGCCGCUGCCUUUCGCGCUCGAUGCUCCACCCCGAUCGUAGUACGUGCGGGUGCUGACGGUGCGUAUGCUCUCUCCUACGAGUGGAGCGGCAGGGUCCCCGCGUUUUGGCGAGAUGGAAGCCGCAUUCUCGAUGUCACGGGCGGGGGCAACGCGUUCAUGGGUGGUCUCCUUGCGGGAUUACUGCUCACGAACGAUAUGCGAGCUGGCUGUAUCUAUGGCUCCACGGCCGCAUCUUUCGCCAUUGAGCAACGAGGAAUUCCUCAGUUGUCAACAGAACAUGGCGAGGAGCUGUGGAAUGGCGACGACGCUUGGGCGCGGCUCAAGGAAAUGGCGCGGCGGACGGAGCUGCUCGAGAUAGAAUCGUCCAACUGACACUCUUCUUGCGUCUCUACGCCUGCUCAUCUCAGCAUCUCAUCGUCCACUUCUGACACAUCUCACCUCAUGCAAUGCAUCAACCCCAGCUUGACUCUUGUCGAAAUCAUCAACUGCAUCCAAAGAACGAAAAGAGUCCAUACAGAUUGCAACAUACACGAAUACACAACACCUAAGCUCCAACCUUUUUCGGCUUGAGACCCGACGGC